GUGCCAACCGCCACUCCUCUCCGUACUUCCUACUCGAGUCUCACCCAUCAAAUCAUGUCCCUCCGGCUCCACGCGAUGUGACGUACCUCCCCACCCCAACACCCCACCGCAACACCCCACCUCAGGCCGCUGCCGGUCUGCGUCGGAGCAGCUGCAGCAUGAGCAGCGCGGCGGGCGACUGGCAGGCCCACGCCCAGGCGCACGGCGAGUUGCCGGGUCGCAGCCGCGGACAGCACCUGAUCGCCCACUUCGAGCUCUACACCCUCGCCAGACCCCCCACCGCAGCCGCCGCUGCCGCCGCCGCCGCUGCUGCUGCGGCCGCUGCAAAGGAGGCACUAGCCAGCAUGCACCAUGUUCCGCAGUGCCAGCAACAGCAACAGCAGCAGCAGCAGCAACCCUUGUACCGGAGCCAUAGCCCCAGCCCGCUGUCCAGUCCCUGCCUCAGUCGCGACUCGCGCCUCUCGCAGCCUAACCUCUCUAACCCGCAACACCCCCAGCCCGGACUGACCCGGGCGGGCUCGGUUCCGGGUCCGUCCUGCCUUACCAGCGGCAGUGUCCUAGUUCCUUCGUCUGCUGGGGCGGCUGGGUGCGCGGCUCCGCUGCUUCGUCCGGCUAACAGCUUGUGGGCGGCAGUAGCCGCGAUGGAGCGGUUGGACUUGCGAGGGGUGGCCAUGCCGGCUUGGUGGGCCCGGUCGAAGCUGCACCGACCCGCCAGUGUGCUGGUGGACGAGUCGUUGGUGUACGAGGAUACGCCGACGUCGGCGUCAGGGGCGGCGGCGGGGGCGGGGGCGGGUGUGGGUGCGCACGGCAGUGGUGUUAAUGCAGCGGCAGGGGGCGGUGGAGGUGGUGGGAUGGAGUUGCCGGCACGUGUGGUUCGGUCGCUUGAGAUGGGAUUGGCGCAGGGGCUGCUGGUGAUUGACCUGACGAGCCAGGAAUACAAGAGCCUGGGUCGCUGUGCCCAGCUAGCCGCCAUCUACCUCGCCCUGCACCACGCCACCCACAUCACCAUCUCCAACUCCGCAACCUCCCGUGGCAACAUGCCACAGCCGCCGCUGCAGCAACAACAGCAUUCGCUGCACCGCAACAGUGGUGGCAUGGGUGGCGCAUACGGAGGAGGAGCAGGAGCAGGGGCGGGGCUUUCAAUCCUUCGCUCCGCCACCUCGUCGUUUGUACGAGCAGGCUCAGGUGUCGUACCACUAGGCUGCGGUGCCGGCGGGCGGCUUGUGUCCGAUACUGGGCUUACCAGCGCUGUGCAAUCGCCGUCGCGGCUUCCCGCGGGCCGCUGUGGCGCAGGCGGCGUGGGUGCAGGCGGCAGCUACACGGUCAGCGGCGGCGUACAGGGCGGUUUGCGCUCCGGUUCGUUUCUGUACGGGGCGGGGCGACCCAACCUUGGCAUGACGUCACCGCUUCUGCGGGCGUCGGCGGCUGCCGCGACUCGGCGGGCGGCGGCGGGACAUGGCGACGGCGGCGGCGGCGGCGCGCUGGGCGGUGUGGCCAGUCUGCGGCGGCUGAUUGCACGUCACGGCGGGUCCGGGGACAGCUUCUCCGCCCUGUGUAGCAGCUCCAUGUCAGGCGGCGGCGGUGUCAACAACAGUGGCGCUGCUGCCCCUGGCGGCGCCGCCGUACCGUACGGUUCGUACAACACGCCGUUCGAUCCUGCAGCGCCUGGGGCGCUUCGUACGACAGGCAGCAUGAGUACCCUCGGUGUGCUGCCGCCGCAAUUGGCUGCCGUACCGACAGCUGGCGGCGGCGGCGGUGUUGGGUACGGCGGGAGUCACGUGUUUGGCAGCGGCCGCUCUUCUAGCGUCAACGUUCCCCUUACCGGUACGGCGAUGUCAGGCGACGUCGCGGUUUCCAUCGGCGCUUCCAUGUUCGGUGCUCCCACUCGGUCUCACUACCCUUCUGCGGAGGCAGUUGCGGAGGCCUCAUCGGCGGCGGCGGUUGGGCUCGAGGUUGCCGUACACGAGGCGGGAGCCGAUGCGGCUGCCGCUAACAAGCUCACGAGCAGUGGCGUGUGCUCCGCCCCCCUGGUCACCGCUAGCUUGAUGGGAAUGGGCCUCAGCGGCCUACACCAGCAGCAACAGUAUUCGCCGCAUCGGCAGUUGCUGCAGCAGGCAGCUGGGAUGCAGCAGGAGGGGCUGUACGUGAUAGGGCAGACCGCCAAGCCCAGCGCACCGCGACAAGCGAGCGUUGCACGGCUGCUUGCGGAGGACAACGACACGCCCACCGGAGGCGACACCGAGGACGAGACUCUUCCCUCCGACGAUGCCGAGGAUGGUUUGUCCCCCUUCGUCGCCAUGAACGCAAUGUCGAGGGCGGGCCCGGCCCCAGCAACAAGGCUUGCAGCGGCGACGGCGGCAGGCAGUACAGCGGUACGGCAGCAUGGCGACGGCGGCGCGCAUGCCGUACACGGCUUGAUGGGCCCGCCGCCAUUGCCACUGCCGCCGCCGGCAGGGCCUCCGGUUGCAGCUGCUCGCAGCACGGCUACUACUUCUGGCAGCGGCAACGGUGCCGCCGGUGCAGCCACGUCUUCAUACCUGCUGGGAUCCGGGAUGCCCCCGGAGAUCAUCGACGCAGGCAUUGCCAUUUUGCGAGGUGCCAGUGACAGCACACAAGACAGCUCGACGAAGCGUGGCGUUCCGGCUGCCGCUGACGCCGCCCCAACCACUGGGAACGUCAACGGUGCUGCUGAGGUCGUCGCGGCAGGCGGCGGCAUCAGUCAGCAAGCAAGCGCCCAGCCCUUUGCACUGGUGCUGCCGCCUCCGUCGCCGGCGCCACCGCCGCCGCCGCCAGCGGCGGUAUCACCUCCCUCUGGCGGCGUCCUGCCUCAGCCUCUUCUUGGGCAGCCAACCCUAGCAAACACGACCACCACCAACGCGGUUCCACGGCAGUCCUUCUCCUUCAUUCCCUUCCACCGCAGUGUUGCAGAGGAGCCGUCGUCACCCAUGGCAGUCGCGGCGGCGGCAGCACCCGCGGGCGCAGUCCUUGGCACCCGCCUCGGCCCCAGAAGCGCUGCGGCAGCCCCGAUUCCUGGUAGCUGUGGUGGCGACGGCGACGGUGUAUGCUGCAACUCCUGCUCCGCUCGCCUGGCAGCGCCAGCGCCGGCUUUCGGGGCGACGGAGGAGGAGGAUGCACUGCUUCGGGACCUGCUGUCGCUGCAGAUACCCCGUACAGUGCACAGCGGCGGUGAUAGCGGCCCGUUCCUGGCGGCGGCGCCGGCGGGACCCGAAUGCAAUGCCAGCAGCAAGGCGGCGUCGGGACCUCGAAAGGGCUGUGACGAGAUGGACGUGUCGUUCAAUGUGGAGGAUGUGAUCAAGGCGACGGUUCCAUGCGUUGGGGUUGACGGCGCGGACGCUGCUGCAGCUGCUGCAACGGCGAACGACGCGGCUUCGUGCCUUCUGACUGCUGACGCGGGUGCUCGGAUUGCAAUGCCAGCGGGGAACCUUUUAUCCAGCGGCAAGGACGUCGCGUUGCAUUGUUGCGCACCUGCGGGCCCUACCGCACAUGGUUUGGAGGCUAGCGGCCGCGUCGUCAGCUUCAAAGCGGCCAGCGGAGCAGCAGCAGCAGCAGCGGCGGCGGCAACCGCCGGCAGUAGCGUGUUGGAUGCGGUUGCGGCGCUGAACCAGCUGACGUUGCGAAGCGAGGAUGGGGAGCAGGGCGACCGGUCGCGUAGGACGUCCACGGCGGCGACGGCGGGUAGUACGACAACCGUCGUUCCUGCCCGGCCACACACGGUCGGCUCUCCGCUGCGCAUCGCCCCCACAACGUCGUCGUCGCUUGCGGCGUUCUCGUCGUCAUGCACUCAGCGCUCGGGUGGACUCGCGUCGGCGCCGAGUUCACGGCACAUGAGCGCUUCCGCCGCCGCCGCCGCUGCAGCCGUCAGUCCGGUGGUUGCCGCCGGCGGCCGACGGGCGGCUGGCAAGAGCCCCGGCCUUUCCACGUCGAGGUCGCAGCAGCCCGAAGGAAAGGCUUGGCCCAUGGCAGCAGCGACGCGUCUUGCCGGCGCCACACCCUUGCCGCCUCCGCCGCCGUCACCGCCCGCGCUGCAGCUGCCUCCGCCUCACCCUUCAAACAGCCAACCCCAGGCUGCUCCGCUGCCGCAGCAACCCCAGGAGCGAGCUCCCAACCUCCUUGCAAACUCCACUGCCGCCGCCUCCUAUAACAAUUGCCCCCAACACCACCGGGGCCACGCCAAUGCGGCCCACAUUAGCCAACCCCACUCCAUGCAAAGUUGGCCGGACGCCGCCACCGCCGCCGCUGCUGCCGCCGCUGCCAAUCCAACAGCGGUUCCGGGCCUUUCUUCCGCUGGCGUCAGGCUUAUGGACCACGCCAUCAAUUCCGUCGCCGCCGCCUCCGCCAGGCGGGCGUCCAGCGGGGUCGCGGAUCUCGACGAAGCCGCAGCAGCUGACGGCAGCGCUGCCGUACCGCCGCCAUACCCCUCCGAGGCGCCUCCACUGACUGCAACGGCGGCGGCGGCGGCUCCGUUGUUUGCAAUUGACGCCGCCACUGCCGCCGGUGGUAACCGCUCGCUCACAGCGACAGCACCAGGUAUCAUGCGCGCCUUGGCGGCUGCGGUUGCAGCGGCCGGCUCCGCCGGCGGCGGCGGCGUCGAUGCUAGCAACGCCGUAUCCGUGGUGCUGGUUGUGGGACAUGACGGGGGGCUGCGAGUGCCGUUGCGCUGCUUGGAGCUGCCGCUGAGGGGGGCGAUGGCGCGGCGGCCAGGCACCACGGUGUCCUUCCGGGUGUCGGGUUUGAGCCAUGACGGCAUGCGGCAGCUGCGAGCGCUCAUGUCUGUGGCCAAGGUUCCCAUGCCCGAGCGAACCUACGCCUGGCUGCUGCCCUCGUCCUCCGCUCGGCUUCCCUCAACCACCACAACCGCCAACGGUUACGUCCUGCCCAACGUCAUGCACGGCGGAGCGGGCGGCGGCGGAGCCGGCAGCCUGGCCCGCUCUAGCUUGUCCCUCGGGCCCAGCCAGAGCCUGGGCUACGGUCAAGGUCUGGGUCUGCUGGGCGGGCCGGGGCUGCUGUUUUCCCAGUCCAUGAGCCGCAUGGAUUCAGGGCCAGUGUACGGCAAUGUGUACGCCCACAUGCCCUCGUACUGCUUUGAAAACCGCGGCCAACCGAUCGAUCUAGGUUACAUCUUGCCAGCUGACAGCAUGACCGAGCGCUCGGGCUGUUUCUCUGUGGCGUCUGUGGCCGCUGCCGCUGCCGCUGCGGCCGGUGGUGGGGCGUCGCAACAGGGGUACUCGAGUGCGAGCAAUGUCCUUGAGACUGCAAAGUCGAUGCAGCAGCAAAUGCGGCUGUCGUACCUCCUACAGCAGAAGUCCAUUAGCCAAUCACAAAGGGACCGAGUUGCAGCUGCCAAUGCUACCGCCGCUGCAGCAGCAGGUCUAGUCACUUCCAGCGGCGCGUCGGAGCGCUUGCGUGGGGCUGUUGACAUGGCACCAGCGGGGCCCCUAGCCACGCCCGCGCCCGCAGUUCUGCCGGCAGCAGCAGCUGCUGCAGCAGAACAGCUCCAGCAGCACGCCUCACUUGAGCUGAAACCCGCUGCCGCCAAACCUACUACCGGUACAGCAGCAGACGCAGUCCCCGUUGCGGCUGCGGCUGCGGCUGCUAGCGGCCUCCCACCGGGCGGCUGCUCCGAGGCAGCAGAAGGUCCAAGCAGGGCAUUACCGACGUCGCCGUCGGCUCCUGCUCUGCCCGAUGAUGACAGCAGCGCCUGCGGUGGCGUCCAUUUUGUCCUCCAAACCGGCGACCUACCCAGCUGUCAGCAUCCGACCACGCCCGCUGCACAGGCGACGUCGGCGGCGCCGUCUGCGGACGUUUCGGUACAAUCCAGGCGCAGCCCGGGCACAUCGCCUCCUAAUCUGCCGCAUGGCAUAAUGCUGGUGAACCUUCCGUUCGGCCGCAGAGCGGUUGUGGGGCAGGUGCCGGCUCGUGCGGAUUCAGCGCCAGUGCCGCCUCAGUCGCUGCCUGCUGGCAGCGACUUGUACGGCGGGGGCUUCGGGGCGGAGGACUUCGAGCAGCAGCCGUACACGGGCACGUUGGAGUACGGCAGUAAUCAGGACCGGAGCGGCUACAGCCGCGUCUCCGCCGGCAGUGCGGCGGGUGUCUCAGCCGUUGGCGGCGGCGGCGGCAGCAGCCUUAGCAGCAGCCCUCCCAACGGUGGCAGUGGCGGCGCAAGCAGGCGAAGCGGCGGCAGCGGUGGCGCAAUGAACACGGGAGUGAAUGGCGGGAACGGUUUCGGCGGACUGGCGAGCGGUUGCGGUGGUUUGGCGGUGAGCUUGGCACCUUUCGGCUGCAUCAGCAUGGGCCCAAGCGGCCGAAAUCGGGCCGCCGCGAGCGACCCGCAGGUUACUGCCCCCGAGGAUGCGUCUGAGACCUCCGCCGCAGUAUCCGGGAUGCCAGCAGCAACGUACACCGCCGGCAACGGUGCGGCCAUGGGCGCAGGCGUCGGCACCGCGAUGCUGGGCUCCGUCUUUUCAACGCAUGCCAUGAUGAUGGUCGACGACGACUCCAUCUCACCCCUGUCUGAACGCCCCAUCAGCCGGGGCAACCCGCAGCUGCUGAUGAUGGGCCGAGCCAGCAGCAACGGCGCCGGCGUUCUGGGCGCUGCCGGCGGCGCGUUCGGGAGCACAAUGGAGGUCUGCAGCUCCGUCGGCGCCAGCCUGGCAACGUUGCGCAGCUUCGGCACCUCCACCGCCGCCGCCGCUGCCGCUGCUAGGGGUGGUGGUGGUGGUGGUGUUACCUCAGGUGGCUCCAGGGCCGUGCCGACAGGCGCCGUGUUGCCUGCACGCGGCACGUACUCAAUUGCGGGGACCUCGCCCCCCGAGGCAUGUGCAGAGGGGACUCUGCCUCCGCCGUCGCCGCCGACAGCGACGACGCAGCAUGCAGUACCGCCGCUGCUGGCGUCGGCGGCUGCACCCUGGCUCACAGACACGCCGGCGGCGGCGGCGGCGGUGCAGCCUCCAUCUCGGCAAGCUAGCGCCGCUAGCGUGAGUCGUGAAGGCAGCCGUAAGCUGGUGGGAGGCGAGAAGGCAGCAGCAGCAGCUGGCGGUGGUGGCGGUGGGAAGGCGAAGGCGGCGUCACCGGUAUCGUCCUCACCGUCGUCGCCCUCGUCGCCAUCCACGGAGUCAAAACGGCUGGGUUCACCUCGGGCUGCGGCGACUGCGGCGGCGGGAGGCGGCGAGGGUCGCGGCUUUUCGCGGUUUGGCGGUUCAAGUUCGAGAGGAAAAGGCUCGAUGGGGGCUGCGGUGCCGGCUGCUGCUUCCAUGGGGAGCCGCUAGGGAGGCACCGACACCGCGCCGAGCUGGAGGGCUGCGGUGUAGGUUGGGUGGGGAUGAGGAAGGACCAAAGUAGUGAGCUUUGAUGAAGAGAUGAGCACUAGGUACCAAACCGGUGAAGGGCUGGCAUGGAGGCUGGCAUCCUCCAUUCCGCUGGGUCCGCCAGCCCUACUGUGGUGGUCCAUUUUACACAUGUAGGGGCUGCAUAGCGGAAAGCAGGUCAGGGAGAAGCAGGGAAGGCAUGUUUCGAAUGUGUGCGUGUGUUGUUGCAAGAGUGUUUCUACACACCAUAGAACCCAUGGGAACGACACCAAGGACGAGGUUUAGAAACAACACAAGAACGGCUUGCUAGGUUUCGCGUAUACUAGCUCAUCGUAGCACAUCAUUGAGCCCAGGUGCAAUAAGGGGCCGCCUAUCUGUCACCGCAUGCCCAAGUGCGGGAAGGGAGUUGCGACCCACCCCAGGGUCACCGCACCAUCGCGAGGGCUCCUGCUUGAUUCGGCAUCUGCUGUCGUUGCAUGCGUUUGAUUCCGGUUUUCACCGCGGGGUUUGGCUGGUUACUGGAAAGCAUGCAUGUGAUCAUGAGGUGUGCGUGCGGCGCUGUGCUGCGCUUUAGCCGGUUGUUUGGGUUGUGGUUGCUGCUGCUGCUGGAGCUGUUUGACAUGGUUGUCGGUUUACUUUAGUGCUCAUCUUUGGAUUCUGUUGUACGGCUUCGGGUAUGUAGACGUUGUUUCCGUGACCUAGAUUUUCAAUGCUAGCCUAGCUGCUGCCCUCAAUGUAAUGGUUCAUGGGACUAGGGCCUGUUGUUUGUGUUGUCAUACGUGACGUGAAAAAGCAUUUGUUUGUUUGGAUGCACUGGUAAGUGCUGCAUGUGCUGCGGUGUUGGCAAUGGCUUGCGUUUAGAGGUUUCGGCGCGCAUAUCGGUGUAGCUUUGUCCCACGGAACUUAUGACUGUGGACAGGUAAUGGGUGCUUAGGACAUGCUAUCUGGAAGCGUUCAUUGCUACAGAAGGCUGUGUCGGAUGUUUAGCGGAUGUAAGCAUAGCCAUAUUACUACGAAGUCGAUUGGUUGGGUGCCAACAUGUGUCGAUGCGACGGGUGUUGCGCUUCUAGCUAGCUUCUAGCUGGUUUUACUGUAUCCGCAGGGGGAGUGGAGGGCGGGGCAGGUGCGGGCAAAGGCGUGGGGCGAAAGUUACGUGCUUGUGGUUCCGGGCUGUCCUGCUCUCCCGGAUUGUAUGCAGCACCUCUCUCGAGCGUGCAAAUGCAACAAGACGUUUGGCAUUCCGGGCAGCGGCCAGGGCUCGUUCCGGUACGGCACGGCAUGACUUGCACGACAUUCGUGUCGCGCACUUUGGGGCGGGAGUCGGAGGGGCGUAUUGGCUCCUCCCCUGCCGCAACAACAGCAACCCGCAGCACUUGUGCUGUGUGAACAUGGUAGCCGUGGAUGGCAACAUGAUAGGCAUACCUUGAUCUCAACCAGUCAACCAACCACCUGUGGUGCUAGACCUUCGUCUUGUGUGCUGUUGUGUGGCUAAGGCCAUAUGUUACAAGGUUGGACGGUUGACCUAACCACUCGUGUCUCGUUCGUUGUUUGCUGUGUUUGUGUUCAAGCUGGUUGGUGGCCCCUAUUCGUAGGCUUAAUUGUAGUAAGGUAGUAUUGUUCCUUGCCCUUCCAUGGCAUGGUUCUCUCCCACGUACUGUUAAGUAGUUUUACGUUUGAGAUCCUGCAAGAGGACUGAGUUGCAGGACAUGAAACUGAGAGGCUUGCCUCAACUUAAGUCGGUUGUUGGUGCGUUUAGCGUGUGUCUUAUUAGCACCUUAGUGCGCCACUGUUCCGCCCAAUGGUUUAGCGGCUGGUUACCCAUGCUGUGCUACAAUCGGCUGUCAUGGCUACGUCGGGUGUAACUUCCCACCUUUUACCCGAUGCGGAAUGGGAAAGGGGGAGUCAGCUUUCUCAAAGCUGGAAGAGGGCAGAGCCCCUUGAUGAGGAUAGU